GAAGCCAACGUUUGACCCACUUAAGGAAUCACUAGAAAAAUCAGUUUUCACAUAGAUCUUGGGUAGAGCCAUCCUGGAAGCUUAGGCGUAUGAUAAAUGGCAAGCUGAAUUCAUUCAGAAUCAAGGGAAGACCAAGGGCUUACAGUUCCAGCUACUCCAGAGGCUGAAGCAGGAAGGAAGAUCAUUUGAAUUCAAGAGUUCAGAACCAGCCUGGGCAACAAGCCUUCCAUAUGACCAAGGACAUGCUGCCGGGGCGGUAUCCUAGGACCCCAGAGGAACGCGCCGCGGCCGCCAAGAAGUAUAAUAUGCGCGUGGAAGACUACGAGCCGUACCCGGAUGAUGGCAUGGGGUAUGGCGACUACCCAAAGCUCCCUGACCGCUCACAGCAGGAGAGGGAUCCAUGGUAUGAAUGGGACCACCCAGACCUGCGGUUGAACUGGGGCGAAACGAUCCCCUGGGACCUAGACAUGUACAUCAGGAAUCGUGUGGACACAUCCCCUACACCUGUUUCUUGGAAUGUCAUGUGUAAACAUCUCUUCGGCUUCGUGGCCUUCAUGGCUUUCAUGUUCUGGGUUGGGGAGACUUUCCCUUCCUACCAGCCUGUGGGGCCGAAGCAAUACCCUUACAAUAAUCUGUACCUGGAAAAAGGCGGUGAUCCUACCAAAGAACCUGAGCCGGUGGUUCACUAUGAGAUCUGAGGAGGCUUCAUGGGCUUUCGUGCCCUCUGACUAGGAUUCCCUCAUUCCUAGAGGUUUAACCUUAAUGAGAUCCCUAAUAAAACUCAGUACCGUG